CCACCGCAGCGCUCGCGGGGGUCUGGCGGGGGUCUGGCGGGGGUCUGGCGGCGGGCAGCGGAGGGGCGGCUGCGCCCGCGCAGCAGGGCCGAGCGGAGUCGAGCGCGCAGCCUGGCCGCGGCCGCCUGGCACAUGCCAUCACCGCCACAAAGAGCUCGCUGAGCCCAGGCGGCGGGAGCUCUCGGACUGCGCCGCUCGGGAGGCUCUGCGAGGCGGACCCAGGGGGAAGGGACCAGACUGAGCAUGGCCCGGAAGAGAAAGCCCCCCGGCAGCCAGGAUGCCUUUCUAAGCAACUCAAGUGUGCGGUGACUCAGUUCAGGCCUUCUGAAGAGACAGCCUCUUGUCUUAAUGAAUGACACAGGUGAUCCAAGGAUGUACGAUCCCGAUUUCCAGGGUCCUGUUGCCAAAAGGAGUUGUACGGAUGUUCUGUGCUGUAUGGUCUUCAUGCUGUUUGUUAUUGGCUACGUUCUGUUAGGACUCACGGCUUGGGCACAUGGUGACCCCAGGAGAGUGGCCUACCCAACAGACAGCGAGGGACAGUUUUGUGGUCAGAAGGGAACCCCCAACGAGAACAAGACCAUUUUGUUUUACUUUAACCUACUCAGGUGCAGCAGUCCUUCCGUCAUGCUCACGCUCCAGUGCCCCACCACGCAGAUCUGUGUCUCCAGGUGCCCAGAGAGAUUCUUAACCUACGUGGAUAUGCAGUUUCUGAACAAAAAAGAUGGAAGAUACUGGGAAUACUACCGCCAGUUCUGCAAGGCCACGGCCAGGCCUGAGGAGUCUCUGUCAGAUCUUCUGUCCUACGGUGACUGUCCCUCAGCAGUCUACCCAAGCAGACCUCUCCUGCAGAGAUGUCUGCCUGACUUCUCAACCGUCAAUGGUUCCUUAACUAUAGGACAAAGGACAGAUUUCCAAGACGGAACAGGGAGUAGCCUAACUGUCAUAGACCUAAGCAAAGUUGCAAGUGACAUCAGUAAGAUCCUCGAUGCCAGGAUGAUCGGGCUGAAGGUAUUUGAAGACUAUGUGACCACAUGGAAAUGGAUUCUCCUUGGUCUGACUAUCGCCAUGGCACUGAGCUGGAUUUUUUUGAUACUCCUGAGGUUCACAGCUGGAUUCAUCUUCUGGGUCUUCAUGUUUGGUGUGCUUGGAAUUAUAGGAUAUGGCAUAUGGUACUGUUUUCUGGAAUACAACAACCUUAAGUGGAAGCCACAGUCAACCAUCAUGUUAUAUGAACUUGGGAUUCAGACGAGCAUAAGCCUGUUCUUUCACUGGAAGCAGACCUGGUUCUCAAUGAUGAUCAUCUUAUCCGUCAUCGAAGCCAUCAUCAUCAUCGUGGUGAUCUUCCUCAGGAGGCGGAUCCACUUGGCCAUCAUCCUGCUGAAGGAAGGAAGCAAGGCCAUUGGCUACAUCCCAAGCACGCUAGUCUACCCAUUUUUAACUUUCAUCUUGCUGUCCAUCUGCAUUUCCUACUGGGCUGUGACAGCUGUCUUCUUGGCUACUUCAGGGGUACCAACGUACAAAGUUAUGGCCCCAGAGGGGCAGUGUAUGCAUGAAAAUGAGACUUGUGACCCAGAGGUUUUCCCUAGAACGAACAUUCCCAAAGUGUGCCCUGGGGCAUCAUGUAACUUCGCUUUCUAUGAUAGAGGGAAUAUGUACAAUGAUUACAUCAUGACCUUCCAGAUCUACAACUUCUUUGCCUUCCUCUGGCUUAUAAAUUUUGUCAUUGCGCUCGGUCAGUGUGCCCUGGCUGGUGCCUUUGCUUCAUACUACUGGGCCAUGAGAAAACCUGAGGACAUCCCGAAGUACCCACUCUUCACCGCCUUUGGUCGAGCAGUGCGGUACCACACAGGUUCUCUAGCCUUUGGAUCUUUGAUUCUUGCAUCCGUUCAGAUGUUUAAAGUGAUCUCACAAUACCUGGACAGGCGACUUCAAAAGGCUCAGAACAGCGUGGCCAGGUUUCUGCGGCACUGCCUGCAGUGCUGCUUCUGGUGUUGGGAGAAGAUGGUGAAGUUUUUAAACAGAAAUGCCUAUAUCAUGAUUGCAUUAUAUGGCAAAAACUUCUGUGCGUCAACAAGAGAUGCUUUCAGUCUGCUCAUGAGAAACAUUUUGAAAGUCGCAGUUACGGAUGAAAUAAUACACUUUGUCUUACUCCUGGGAAAAGUUCUCGUUUCCGGGAUUGUAGGCAUCUUGGCCUUCCUACUCUUCACAGAAAGACUGCAACAAAUUGUAGAGGGACCAACAACCUUAAAUUACUACUGGGUCCCUUUCCUGACUGUUCUGCUUGGAUCUUAUCUGGUUGCUCAUGCGUUCUUCAGUGUCUAUUCAAUGUGUGUUGAAACCAUUUUCAUCUGCUUCUGUGAAGAUCUGGAGAGAAACGAUGGAUCUGCAGAGAAACCUUACUUUGUAACCCCCAGCCUGCACAGGAUUCUGACCAAAAAGCGUCCGGUCUCCCAGAGACAGGCAGAGUAGAAAAGCUCCAAGCAGGAAUUCCGUGAAAUAGGGUGAUUACAAUAUGAAGAAGUUGCUUUAGAGCAGUGUGAGAACUCCCUGCUGUUUCUGAAAAGGUUGUGUUUGAGGGAUCAGGCAUUUGACAGUGGCCUAAUUUACUUAUAGACUGUGGUCCCAACUGCAAAAACCUGUAGCUGACAAUGUUUUAAUAACUUUUGUAACUUUGCUAGCCUUUCUUUUUUAUAAGUGUAGAUUUGUAAAGGAUAUUCAGGCAGUUUUUUUAACAACACAUAAAUGUGUAAUCAAUUAGCCAUAAAAAUAUUGAGUUGCAGUUGACCAGCAUAUGGUACUAAAUUGUAAAUAUGGUGCUAUGGUUACAGUUACUGUUUAAGCUGGUGAACGGCUCUCUAAAACUGUGAUUCAGCUUGUAGCCCUCGUUUCCUAGAAAGCGUGUUUCAAAUGGGUGAGUUGGUUCAUGAAAAGCUGCAGAAGCACAGGUCCUACAGGUCAGCAGGCCACCCCGCUGCAGGGGGAGUGAGUGGGACCCUCAUGGUCUCCGUCUUAGGGAAAUGAGACCCACACUUGGGUCAAAUCUACGUUUGGGAAUAUUGUUUCCAUUACCACGGACCUCUGGCCAUCAGAGAAUAUUCUGAACAGAGCAGAAAUGGCUACCUCACUCAUCUCUUGCCUCUCAACCUGGAUUUCCUGUUACAGCCAUGUGGAAAGCCUGUGGACUGUGCUUUUCAUGGGCAUACAGCUGUGUUUUCAUGCCUUCAUGCUGUAGAAGGUCAGCUUUUAGUGAGGGAAGAAGCAGACGAGUCUGUUCAGACUUUACUCCAUCUAUCACAUACCAUAUUUGGUGCUUUCAUGACCACAACCCCAGAGCUUAGAGUGGAAGCUGGUUUGUUGUGGCCAUGCCCAAAUCUCACACAGGGCAGAAGAGCAGGAACUGAACACAUAUACUGUCCGCUUUUUCCUGUGUGUGGAGGAAGCCGCCUGGCAAGUCUAAAAAGCCCCUCCACAGAGCAUAGGAUUAAUUGGGGCCCUUUUGGUUUUGACACUAAACUCAUGUCAAAUUGUGUGUAUAUUAAUAACAGAAUGUGUGGGUAUCAAUACAGCCCACACAUUUGAGAGUCAGAAAUAUAUCCUUGUGUUAUGUUAAUAUAAAUGCUAAUUUAUUUACUUAUCUUGAAGUGUGUGAACCUAGAUUUAGAAUGGUUUUAUGGCAACUUCUUACAUAGAGCCAAUAGUUCCAGAAGGUUUUCAAAGUAUUUGUCUGCAUGACAGCCAGCAGCUGGUUCUUGGCUUGCUUUAUUGGCAUUGUUCGGUCCCAAAUGUCACUUUGCAAAGAGCCUUCUUCAUUCUUUCCUUGAUAAUGUGGAGAAGAUCGAUCACUUAUUUACUUUUUUCUUGAAUUUUAAUAGUAUCUUAUUUCCAGCCAUGCUAGGACCUCCUGAAGGCCUGUGAGGAUGUGAUAUUACUAGAUAGCAUGUAGUUUCCACCUAGCCCACAAGCUCGUGUUGGGAUGCAGGCCACUCUCUGAAUCAUGAGAAAACCCUCCAGUUGACUCAGUCACACACAAAAAAUUGGGACAUUGGCUAGCGAUCAGAUGUGAGAAUUGGCUGUCUGGUUGGCUGUGCUAUGGUGUGUUCUCAUUUAGAAAAAUAGUCUCUGUUUUUUACUUCUGUGAUUAGAAUGUGUAGAGCAAAAAUGAAUGUCGUUUUUGAGAAGUUUAGAAGCCAUGUUUUUACACAGCAAUUAAAGUUUUUAAAACACAGAGCAAUAUUUUCAGGACUGUGCAUGGAAGGAUUUGAGAUUACACACAAGGAUCUCUUUGUCAAUCUGAAUUGUCAUUGGCAAAACAAAGGCAAUUUGGAAACACAUAUUGUAAUUUAGAAAGCAAAUUUGGUUGGGGAAUAAAUGCUAUUUCCUCAUUCAUUCCAUGGAAACUCUUGAACUGUCACCAGAACUGACCUGGAACGCAAUGAAAUGAUAUCUUAUAGAUGUAAUAACAAGGGCUGAUUGUUUUCUCAUAGCUGUUUACAAUGAUGCUGUAGCCGAAUUUUUUUUUAAAAACGAUGUUUGGCGUUGCUGUGCAGCGCAUGUGCAGCAGGUGGCGAUGUUGCUCCUCCCACCGCUUUGCUGCUCUGUUGAUGCUCUGCCCUCCUCCCUCCUAGUGGAAGACGAGGAAAGAAACGAAGGCUCCGCUUCAAGACCUUAUUUCAUGACUCCAGCUCUAAGGAACAUUUUGGUAAAGCCGCAGUGGAGUGAGAAGCAGUAGGAGAGCCAGCUGGGCAGCCUGUCGCCUGUGUCGCCUCCCACGCUGUAUCUGUCCAUCAUGCCUUCUGUAGCGCUUUGGUUGGGGGCGUUCUAUCCAAGGCCUAGCUGGCUUGCUUUUGCAUUUUAUACCAAAUCCCACACUGUUACCUGUGAAACCACCAGAAGUCGCAAGGGAAUUGUCAAUUACAUGCAACAUUUUUAUACUAAGGUGUUUCGCUUUGUAAUUUAUUUUUUAUUUUUUACAUAGAGUGGCUCGGAUGUUUGGAAUGUAUAUUGAAUACAUUCAUAUUCUUUUUUAAUAGCAACUUGAUGAAGGCUACAUGAUUUAAAUUGAUAGCUCCUAGCAUGUGGACAACUAAAAGUCUUCUGCAGAAAAAAAAAAAUUUUGAGAAUUAAAGCAAAGUUGUUUGGUUUUUGUUUUUUGAGGUGGGAUUUCUCUGUGUAGCCUUGGCUGUCCUGGACUGGAUUUGUAGACCAGGCUCUCCUUGAAUUCACAGAGAUGCACCUGCCUCUGCCUCCCGAGUGCUGGGAUUACAGGCGUGUGCCACUGCGCCCGGCUAAAGCAACAUUUUUAAAGACCCUUCCCCUUUGGUCUUUGCCUGAGAGAGCUGCCGGUCAGUGGUCCAGCCCUUACCACUCAGUUCUCUCACAAGUGCCUUCCUGGCCGGCCAGUGCUUCCCGUAUCUUGUGGGCAGUGGACAGACCUUGCCUAAAAGACCAAACCCUGCAAUGGUGAGCAAUGACAGGUCUGCCUGCCCCUCGUUUUCCGUUUCGUUUUCCCAUCUUGCUCACUGGACGCGCUGGUCAAUUCACCACUUUUGAUAUCCUCACCUUCAGUGGAGGUGUGACGGUGUGUGACAUGAACAAUUCCCUUUGCACCUGGUGACGUUCCACAAAGCCAAACAACUGGAAAGAACACUUGUUGGAUCUGUGUUUGUGUUUACUGAAAGAAGGUUUUAAAAUAUCAUCUUUUCUAUAGCAGUUUCUUUAAAAGAUGCUAGGUCUAGUGUCUUACCUGUUGGAAGUUCGUGGGAGUCACACAGGGAAGCUCCCCACCCCAGACGGUGCACAGAGGUGUGAGCUGUGCUGAAGAGCUCUGCUACAUGGCCCUUCCCGAUUCCCUGAUCUGUCUCUGUCACCCACUAACUUCUUAUAUGGAAAGGCACGUUUGCCUGUUGAUUUGUUACUGUGCCAAUAGAAACAGGAGCAGUUUUUAAUUCAGUCUUAGGUAGUUUUCUGAGGAUUGCUGAGUUUUAGGAGAACUCUGUUUGCCAAGUCAGCAUGACAGAGGUCACCCCAUGAUGGGGGUCAGUGAGAGGCAACCCAGAAUAACUUACCAUUGAUUAUCUGUGAUCUGUUUGCUGAAAGGUCACUUUAGAUACUUUUAUACCAAAAAGUUCCCACUGGCGCCUUGCGGUGUGGGCUCCCCCUCCCGCCCCACGCCUGGUGGUUUGGGCUCUCCUGAGCCCGUGGCGGCGUGGGCGAUGUAAUUAGUGUGUCUCUGCCAUGCAGGAACACUGAAAGCGUAUAGUCUAAAUACCUUUGAUAGCUGAAAUGGUUAAUAUUUAAUGAAUUUUGUUGGUACUCAUUGUAUAUUUGGUUUCUUUCUUCUAAUAAAGAUUUCCAUAAGAG